AUGGCAAAGCUGGAGCAUUUUGGAGUCAGAGGAAAGCUGCUUGAUCUGAUCAAGGCAUUACGGAAUGAGAGAUUCUACCAGGUUAUAGUCAAUGGGGAGCUGUCCAGUCCACAUCGAGUGAGCAGCGGCGUUAUCCAGGGAUCGGUAGUUGGCCCAGUGCUUUUUACAUCAUAUUUGUUUGAUCUAGUUGGAUUUAUAAAGAUGGACACAAGUCUGUUUGCAGAUGACUGCAAAAUAUAUGCUAAUUCUCUAACCAGCGCAGCGCUGCUCCAGGCAGACCUGCAAAAUGUUGAGAUGUGGUCAAGGCAAUGGGGUAUGAAACUAAACACAUCCAAAUGCACAGUGUUGAGGAUCGGUCCAGAUAAUCCUGAUAAUGAAUAUUUUCUGGAUGGAUGUGCCUUAAAAUCAGUGAACGAACAAAAUGAUCUAGGAGUCCUAAUAACAUCAGACCUAAAAUGGGAACGUCAUAUAACCAGAAUUUGUAAAAAAGCAAACUCGCUAGUCUAUCUGAUAAAGCAAGCUUUUAGGGACCAUUCUAUUGAAAUGAUAUCCACUCUAUACAAAAGUUACAUAAGACCAAAAAUACAAUAUGCCUUUGUUGUAUGGAACCCAAAAGAAGAUAUAGACCAAUUGGAGAAAUUACAGCGCAAAGUAACAAAAAUCCCUUACGAAUUAAGCGAGAUGCCAUAUCCAGAAAAAUUAAUCAGGUUUGGGUUGACCACUCUCAGAGAGCGAAGACAUAGAGGCGAUCUCAUCGAAACCUACAAGAUUACCAGUGCAAUUUGGCGAACCUUUUCCACUAUAGUGAAAACCAUCAUCUCCGAGGACAUACAAGGAAGCUUAAAAAAGAAAGAACGGCAAAACUUCCCAGAAAAAACUUUGUAA